GAUAUUACAAACAGACUCAAAAUAUACGGCAUCAUACCAGAUAUUCUUGCUUCGGCGCCUCCAUAUUUUGCGAAGAUUACUUUCGGUCCAAGGCUGUGCCCGAGUAUGGGCCAACAGGUCGAGCUGCAUCAGGUGAAGUACCCACCAAUCAAAUUGGAGUGGCCUGCUCUUGAGGACGACUUCUUCACCUUGCUUCUUGUCGAUAUAGAUGCGCCGUCGAAGAUGGCGCCCUACGAACGUGAAUAUCUUCAUUGGAUGGCUGUAAAUAUCCAAGGACCUGAUUUAAAGACCGAUGAAAUAGUUGUAGAUUACAUUAGCCCCCAUCCUUUGGUUGGAACAGGUAAUCACAGAUUUGUCUUCUUUGUGCUCCGCCAACCUGACGGAGAGAUAGAGUUCAGAGAAGGAUAUCUAAACGCAUUACACCAUGAUGACUCCAGACGAACCUCAUUUUCUUCAAGAUUCUUUGCGAAACAUUACGAAAUGGAGUUUUAUGCUGUGAACUUCCUCAGAAUCGAAUGGUCUUCGCCGGAUUCUCAGUAUCGACCUUGGCAUCACAAAAAAUAAACGAUUGCGAUCAGACUAAACCUUCCGCCAGCUUCUUAAUUUUGAAUUUCAUCAGAGCCUCAGGAACCAAAUCUACAAACAUUCCAGAACAUGCGUACUUUUUCUCCCAGCAUUUUGGCGUGUUAUGGGUGAUGGGUCUCAUAAUGAGCUAGUGAAAUGCUGCUUUGCGCCUUCAAUUAUCAGGCAUACAACACAGCUAUCCAUUAAGUACUAGCACUGUUGACUCGGCGUUGUGACCAUCAACAUCGCGUCCAAGUCCCUGUUAUUGACGAUGCUUAUUUACGGAAAAAUGUGAGUUGUACCUAUGUAGGGAUAGUAUGGACACGUCGAAAAUUCUGAGAUUCGGUGAUGGAGCUCUUAGACUCCAAAAGGGCAGACAAUCUAUGAAUCCAAAUUAUCCGGAGUGAUUCAUAAUCACAAUUGUUGGGAACUAUAUCGUUCGUAAAUUACGUAUUUGACUUGGUUUUUGCAUAAGCUUACUCAUUUUUGCGGAAGAAUGCUUAUUUAUGAAUUUUCUUGUCCAUUUUCGUUUGAUAUUGGAGUCUAAAGAUUGACAGUGACAUUUUUCGUUUUCAAAGGUUACUUACCCUUUCGAGCCCUAACAGCUGCAUAUUUCGAGUUGUCCAUACUCUCCCUAUAUAGGUACUCUAAGUUUUAGGUGGGUCCUAACUGUUGGGGUCGCAACGCGUUCAUUGUGGCUGAAUCUGAAAUAAUUUACCUCAAGCCACAAUUAUUAUAACAGGAGGCCACUCCAUCAAAUUCACGGAGGAAAAUGCUUCAGGCAUGGGACCUGAAGUUCAGGUCAUAUGGAUCUGUGAAGUUUCCGGGACAUUCAACCGAAAACUAGAGGUCUAGCUGCCAAUGCCAAAGUUCGGGUCACACAUACUGCCGCGCGCCGGCCGCAACUGCUUCAUGCUCAGACGUGAUGUGCGUGUCAUCGCCUCCUCAUUUGCAGGCGUUUUUCCUCGGGCUUGGAAUUGAAAAGGAGACUCAAUAAUCAGGCGUGCCGUCCUCUUCACACAGCAUACCAAAAAUGUGAGAUGCGUUCCUGAUUUGCAUCUCAGCCUAAGCUCCUAUUUCUGAAAAAAAAAAAAAAAAAAAAAAAAAAAAAAAACUUUAAA